AUGUCGAGACGAUGCAGAAAUCGUUGGCCUUUUCAAGUCCCGGUGCUGUUGCUGGUGUCUAUUCUCGCCAGCACACAGGUAGGUCGAGCUCAGGACGUCGGUUCUCCAAUGACUGUGAAAGCAUCCGGGGCUGUUUCCCGCACUGUCCCUGCACCUGCACCCGUUACAACGACAACAGCCGGCGGCCAGCCGAUGCAAGUUCAAGCAUCAGGGCAAAUCGCACGCAAAGUGGACAACCCUGUCAUCGAAAAACCACCACUGGAUGUAGCUGCUAGUGGAGCUGUCGGUAGACCAAACAACGCCAACGUAGCUGCCCAAGGCGUCGUUGACAGAGUUCCACCUGCAGCUGUUGCAUCGCAGGGAGUCGUAGGUAGAGCGCCACAAGGUGAUACUGUGGCUCAGGGGGUUGUUGGGAGGGAACCCAGUACACUGGCGGCAGCGCAAGGAGCCAUUACUCGAGAACCCUCAGAAGCACCGGUAACCACAGAACCUACAAGUCAACCCACACACGCUCCCACAACGGAAGCACCGGUAACAUCAGAACCUACAAGUCAUCCCACAAACGCUCCCACAACGGAAGAACCAAUCACAUUAGAGCCAACAAGGCUACCAACGAGUUUACCCACCGGUACUACAGCUACAUCAGAACCAACCGAGGUUCCUACCGCAGUCAUGCCGGUGUCAGAGGCUCCGACUACAGCCACGAUCAUUACUAGUGAACCGACGACAACGACCCCAAUUGUCACGAGUCAUGCACCUACGCAAGGUGGAGGCACUAGCGAACCGACGGCAACGACAACAAUUAUCACAAGUGCUGCGCCCACUGAAGGCGCCCUCGCCACGCCCACUACAACCCAACCAACAAUUCAAGAAGAAGAAUCUACAGGAGGGAUCAUGUCUUUCCUGGACAAUAUCAUGGGCGGAGCCCUACAUUCAUCUUCAUCGUCAGAGGAAGCUGCAACGAAUCAAACGGCGGAAUCAGGGCCCUUGGAGGAGGAAGACGAAUCCGUAGAUUCGGAGGAGGAAGCCAUUGAGGCAGAAUCGGAGGAGGAAGUUGAAAUUGAACCUGAUAACCGAGCCGUCAACGAUACCGGGUACCAAAGCAAACAAAACACCGAAUACCGAAACGAGACCAUUGCAUUCGAAGACUUUGAAAGUGGAAAUGAUCACAGCUGGACCAACCAACGUGUUGCAGAAUCAGAGUUCUUCACCAACUUCCUUGGUAGAUUUGGUCAGGCUAUCGACGGAACCAACGCCUUCACAAAUACAUCCAAGACCUACCUUGUACCGCCAGACGCAGAACGCGUCGAGAUCACCUUUGACUUUUACGAAUUGGAUUUGUGGUGUCACUGCGAUCACCUCACCGUGAUGAUCUGUAAUCAGACAGUUGAUAUGGGUGUCUUCUCUGAAAGUGGAGCCUCCAAUCAGUCAGAUAUUACCCAUAAAGGACCACGCAGCAUUGAAUGGUUCCGCCGGGCAGAGAUCCGAAACGCCGAUCUUGGGUUUUCUCAGUUUCGAGAUGGCCUUCAUCACAUGGGACUAAGUGUUCCACGAAGAUGUUACAAGGAAAACGGAGGAUUUUUGGAACUCAAGUUCAACUUGACCAUUGAUGGAGACUUCGAGAUAACUAGCGGCGGAAUUGACAACAUCAACGUGACAGCCUAUGAAAUCCCGCCAGAGGACACAGAUCCACCAACGAUUGCUCCUUCACCCAUGGCGUCAGAGCAGCCAACCCCGCAUUUGUAUCUGGAUAUCUGUGUCUCCGAUGUCAUGUACGAUUACGCUCUGCGACAAACAGUUCACAGAAAGUGCUUUGAUAUGUUUGCCAAAGGAGAACCAGCGGAUGAAAGCGAAAGAGUUGGAGAGGCCUGCGUCGAAGCCAUUGACGACCAAAGUUUCCGAUUGCAAGUUAAACCAAAAGGCACAUGGGAAUUCCAAAAUGCAUCUGCUUGGACUGGCGAGUCCCUGGAUGACGUCCCCCGAGAACCAGGCACCAACCUUCUCAACCAUGAUGGUUUCCAUGCAAGAAGAAGUUGGGGAGAAGGGGAGGAAGAUGACUGGGUCGUCGCUAUGCCCCUGAUGCACGCGCACGAGCAUUGCUAUUCCGGAGUAAGCGAAUUUGCAGACCUGCUGAUUGUCCAUGUCACAGCAUCAGACUCCAGCGAGGGCAACGCGACAUUUUCUCACGAAGCCUAUGCAAAGGAGCACUACUACAAACCUGGUGAUUUCUUCUGGGCUCACCUUGUCUUCAGUUGCCAGUGCGAUCGCGACAUUGAACUUGAGCCAGAGCCCACUGGCGUUCCUUCGCCGAUGCCUUCAAUUAGUCCAACUCUAUUGCCAUCCUCAAGUCCAACAAUGGUGCCAACGUCAGCACCUAGUACCGCUGCACCGACAGAGGAGAAGCUUGAGAAGGGAGUUAGUAAGUGCAUCGCAAGCAAUGAUGGGUCGGGCCGAGAAUGUCAUCCAUUGAUUGGACAGGACGGGACAAGAUUUGGGCGAGUCUGUGUCGAGCUGAUCGAAGAUGAGCAGGACCCCAAUGAUGUUUUGAACGUGACCUACACAGUGUACGACCAGUAUCGCCUGACGAGAAAGUAUCUUUGGGUUGGAGAAGACUCCGAAUCCCAAGUCCCUGUCAUCAGGAGGGAAUUGAGUCAACCUGAGCCCGACCUAGAUGCCUUCCCCCACUACUCUUGCAACUUUCUCGGAACACGGAGUUGGGAGAAGCUAGUCCCUAUUGGACCUCGGUGUCACAAGGCAAAGGACGGCACCGUAAUUCCAUUUUCUUUGGUGGCACAUUCCGAGGUUGCACCGAGCCAACGAGAUGGAACCGUAGCACUAGGAACAAUAGGGGCCAAGGCCUUUGCAAUUGACCACACCCAAGGGAAUGUUGAGGACGACUCUUGGUAUGAGAUUGUGAAUUUCAGAGUUGCCUGUCAAUGCCAAUACAUGAAGGGGUCAAGCGGAUGGAGGAAGUUCGAAGGUGUGCCUGAGAGUCCUACCAAACCCCCGGCACCGAAUCCAACCGAUAACCCCACAACAGCGCCAUCAAUAGCUCCAAGUUAUGCCCCCUCGGUUCGACCCUCCACUACCCCUUCCAAUGCACCAAGUCAGAUGCCCUCUGCUGUUCCGUCAUCCCGUUCUCCAACCCCUGCACCCACCCUCGAGUGCCGUCCUGCUUGGGCAAUGCAGGGAGGUCCUCAUCCAGGGCACUCUCACUGUUUCAAGACAAUCGGGAGCGUCAAAGAGAAGAACGAGACAGUUCCAUAUGGGUGGUACAACGGGGUUUUUCACUUGCACCAACCGGAGCAGCUUACCUUGUUUGCUGAAGCACCCAAUGACAAGGAUGCAGCAGGGGAUGAUGAAUGCACGCACGGAAUGCGGGUUGGGCAGGUUCAGUUUUCGUACGCAAGCAAGGUUGUGACGGUGAAAAUCGAAACUCUAAGCCAUUUCUAUAUGACGGAAACACAAGCUCAUGUUGGGCCUGACAUGCUUCCAACCGAUCUCGAAGAUGGAAGCUAUAUAACCAAUCCCAUGGAAUUUGAGUUAAUCCACGAGGGCUUGGGCGAAGCCACGCAAGAUUUCCACUACUUGCGAGGGUGCCAGGAGGACAACUGGGUCGUUGUUCGAGCAGUUGUUUGUGGCCCAUUCAGUGACUAG